AUGUCGAAAAUGAGGCUGGUCCUCCUUUCGGUAGCGCUUCUUGCAGUCGCCUCGGCUUCUCCAGCGAUAUUCAGUGAGGAACGCAUCGAGGCUAUGCUGGAGAAACUGCGAAGAGCCAAAGCUACAGGCGAAUAUGCAGUAAACACGCCCACUGGAAUCUACCCGAUCCGGUCCAUCACAAAGGAAAAUAUUCGACAAAUUUUUAACUUCGGUUUGGGAAGCCAGAAGUUUGGAGAAACGAUCGAUGAAAAGGCUGGUGAAGCCGAGACGAAGAUCAGUGAAAGCAAGGACGACGUUGUAGGGACGCUUAAGAAAGAGGAGAUAUCAGAGAUAGACGCGGAAAAUGCUACAGUCAUAACAAAGGCUGAAGAGCAGAAACCAACGAAUGAAUCUACACUCGUGGAAGAGGUUAAAACAGAAGAAGGAACUGAAAAGAAAGCAGAGGAAGGCACUGAGAAGAAAGCAGAGGAAGGCGGUGAGAAGGUUAGUGCAGAGCAACGUGGUGAGAAUAUCACUGCAGAGGAAGGCAAGGAGAAAAUUGCUGAGCAAGAAGGAGAGCUCGCUAAGGAAAAAGUGGAGGAGAAGAAAGCGGAGGAGACAAAUGUCAUAGAAGAAGAAGGAAAACCAGCCGAAGGACGUCUAGGAGGAGGACCAUCUAUUGAGGGCUUUUCGGAACCAAAAUCUGCUGAAGGACAGCCUGAAGGCAAGACGUCAGAGAUUCAGAAGGAAAAGUCCUCAGAAGAGCAAUCAUCGAUAAAGCCCAUUGAAGGUCAAGCAGCUGAAGGUACGGUUGAGCAUGAGGGCUCAGGAUCUACCACAAAGGCCGAAGAACUGACACAAACCACUGGGGCUGAAGCGAAGCAGCCUUCAGAGUCCGCAGCCGAAACCACUACCGGUAGCACAAGUGAGGUUCUAGCAGAGGGAUUGAGUACUAUUACUGCAAUUGAAACUAAGGUCACAACCGAAACUCCUGAAAGCGAAGCUGCUGCCAAAGAAGGCGGUUCAGGUACCGAGGAAGAGGCUAAGGUUGUGGACGCCCAGGUGGCUCAGGUGGCAGAAAACAUCACGACGGGUGAACUCAUCUUAGAUGAAGGAAAAGCUGCAGGAACCAUCACCGAGGUUGUAGCCGAGACUACAGCGGAAGGUGAAAAGAAAGAACCAGCGGAAUCAUCCUCUUCAACAGAGACGGGCACAGCAGUCAACCAGCAGUCUGCAGCUACUUUUGCUCAACCCGUUGCAGGAGAAGCGCCUAAGGAGGUGGAACACAAGGAGUCUGCAGAGGGAUCUGCAGAAGCUCCAGAAGGUACCGCAGAAGGCAGCGCAGCUGAGGAAAGGGCAUCAGUUCCUUCGGAGACCUCCACGCUGCUCACGGGCACAGAAUCACCAUCGAAUGAAAUCACGAUCGCGGCCGAAAGCACGACAUCACCCCAAGCAGCGUGAUGUUCGCCACGAUGACGAGUAUUACCUGCAAGAAUAUGUACAGUUAGUUGCGGCCUUCAUUGUUGAACAAGUGUAUUUAUUUAUUAUGCAACAGAUAAAUUUAUCAUUUCA